GACCUCCAUGUGGCCACUCCAACGCGCUUUGACCCACAGCCCUGCGUCGCUUCCCUCAGGGGUGAGGUAGAUGGUCCUGGCAGCAACUUGGGGCAGAAGCUCUCGAAGCGCUUCGGUCUUCUCGUCUUCCUGAGCUUGAACAUACCGGAUGUUGAUCCAGCGAUGUUGCUUGCCGUGCAGAAGGAGAGCACGAGGUAUCUUUCCGAGAUCUUGGAUCCCCCAAGCAGUGAGAAAGGGGGCUGCCGACACGAGAGCUCCGCCGUGCUGGGAGCGGUAGAUAGAUCGAGACAAGCGCCCAACAUCGAGAAGCACCCUGUGUUGAGGCUGGUCGAUGAGAUCGUUUCCCUGACUCUGGUGGAGGCAGCAGACCUGUGCGAUUUGUGCCAGGAGAAGUUGCAGCCAGCUGACGGAUUGCCUCGGCUACCGUUCCCGCAUCCGGUGGGGAUGUUCCAAGGAGUGGUCGGGGGUGCGAUGCCCAUGGGUGGCAUGCCCGCCAUGCCAGCCGGCAUGCCGCAGGCAAUGCCCCAGGCGGCCCCAGCAGCAGCACCUGCUGCCGCACCAGCCGACGGGGCUGAGCCUGCCGCGGAGGAAGCGCCUAAGGCAAAGAAAGAAGAGAAGAAAAAGGAGACCUACACAGUGAAGCUGGUGAGCUUCGACACAGCGAAAAAGAUCAAUGUCGUCAAGGAGGUCAGGGCGAUCACGGGAGCAGGUCUCAAGGAAUCCAAGGAGCUCGUGGAGUCAGUUCCUAAAGUGCUCAAGAAGGGAGUCCCAGCAGCGGAGGCGGAGGCGCUCAAAGAGAAGGUGGCAGCCGUGGGUGGCGAGAAGCCCUUAUGGCCCCUCAUUCAGGCCCGGGAUGCGCUGACCAUGCUUGGGCCGCAAGCUGGGAACGUCAUGAUCGCGCAGUACAAGCAGCCUUUGCCCGAGCAUAUGAGGGUUGCUAUAAGAGUUGCUAUCAUGAGGGACUACUAUAAGUUUACUUUCGUUUUUUGGAGGUGGGGUUCAUGCAUUGGAUGGGAAUACUCCCGGUGCUGA